GAUGGAAAUAGCUGCUAGUGCUGUUCACUACUUAAGCCAGUACAGAAGCAGAUUGUGCACACGAUCAGCGUAGCCACAUCCUAUUAACACUGAUGCAACUUCCAGCCAAACCUCCAGGCAACAUGGAAACACACACACCCGACUUUCCUCUAGCCUCCUCACACCCAACUCUGAAUGGACAGAAGACAGCAAAAUCAGCAAGGGACUCUUUUUCAGCCUACAACAGCAAAUACCUGACAGUUCCUCAAAACCGGGCUUCCUUGCACAGCAGCAGGAUCAAUGGAGCUUUUGAAGCACCAAGCUGCACGGAGUCCUUCAGCAGUUCUGUUAUAAACAAUUACCUGGACGGGACGCGAGGAGGGGCCGUGGACAAGGCGUCCCCGAGUGGCAUGCAUUUCAGGGACAGCAAGAGAAAGGUCGACUACGUCUUAGCCUACCACUACCGAAACCGCCUUGCCCGGCACCCGCCCGGCGCGGGCUCCCCGGAGCCGACGCGCGGAUCUGCCUCCUCGGCCCCGGUAUUGAACGGAGGGACGGGGAAAGGCCGUGCUGAGCCGCCGCGGCAGGACGAUGGCCGGCGUGCCCUGCAAGAGCGGCCGGGGCUGGAGGCGAUCGAGCUCGGUCCCCCGGACGCCCUGGAGGAGGAGAAGCGGCUGCAGCGGGAGGAGUAUGAACGCAACCUGGUGGAAGCGGGGCUGGAGAUAGAGAAAGACCCUGAGAAUAAGAGCCAAGGAUUGAGUUUUGUCCGUAUACAUGCACCUUGGCAAGUACUUAGUCGAGAAGCUGAACUCCUUAAAAUAAAAAUGCCCACUAAAAAGAUGUAUGAAAUCACAGAAGAAGGGGGAAUACUCAAAAAAUUAAAUGAAAUAUGGUGCAAAGUGACUGAACCUCUGCAACCCCAGGUGCCACAACAAGAAAAUACCAACAUGAAAAGCCUGUCCUACCCUUUUUCCAGAGAGAAAAUAUAUUUGUAUAACAUUAAAGACAAAGACACCUUUUUUGACAAUGCCACCCGCAGCCGAAUAGUACGUGAAAUUUUGAAGCGCACAUCUACAAAGGCCAGAAACAGCAUGGGUAUUGGCACAUUAAUAGCAAACAAUGUUUAUGAUGCAGCAUACCCACUUCAUGAUGGUGAAUAUGAAGGCCAAAAUGACGACAUGAAUGAAAGAAAGUUGCUGUAUCGAGAAUGGGCAAGAUAUGGAGUAUUUUACAAGUUUCAGCCUAUUGACCUCAUAAGAAAGUAUUUUGGAGAAAAGAUAGGACUUUAUUUUGCAUGGCUGGGUUUAUAUACAGAAUUCCUCAUUCCAUCUUCAGUAGUCGGGAUUAUUGUAUUUCUUUACGGAUGUAUAACCAUCGAGAGUGACAUUCCUAGUAAAGAAAUGUGCGACCAACGCAAUGCCUUCACCAUGUGCCCCCUGUGUGACAAGUUCUGUGAUUACUGGAACCUCAGCUCUGCUUGUGCUACCGCUCGAGCCAGCCACUUAUUUGACAACCCCGCCACGGUCUUCUUCUCCAUCUUUAUGGCUCUCUGGGCUACUAUGUUCCUUGAACAAUGGAAGCGUUUGCAGAUGAGAUUGAGUUACUUCUGGGAUCUAACUGGACUGGAGGAAGAAGAAGAGCAUCCCAGACCAGAGUAUGAAACCAAACUGCUGCAGAAAAAGCUGAAAAAUAAAAACAUCAGAACCGAAAAUUCAAAUGAAGAUGAAAAGGAGAAGCUGACAUGGAGUGACCGUAUGCCUGGAUAUGCAGCAAACUUUGGAUUGAUUUUAUUUAUGAUUAUGCUGACAUUUUCAGCAGUGUUUGGUGUGAUUGUGUACCGAAUUACUACAGCAGCAGCUUUGUCAUUCAGCACAAAUGAGACAACCAGGUCAAAUGUUCGAGUGACUGUGACCGCAACUGCUGUCAUCAUUAACCUCGUCGUGAUACUUAUACUUGAUGAAAUUUAUGGAGCUGUUGCCAAAUGGCUGACAGAAAUUGAGGUACCAAAAACAGAGAAAACCUUUGAGGAGAGACUCAUUUUGAAGGCAUUCCUACUGAAGUUUGUGAAUUCUUAUGCACCAAUUUUUUAUGUUGCCUUUUUUAAAGGGAGAUUUGUUGGCCGUCCUGGUCAUUAUGUAUAUGUGUUUGAUGGUUAUCGAAUGGAAGAGUGUGCUCCAGGAGGCUGUUUGAUGGAACUCUGUAUUCAGCUGAGCAUCAUUAUGCUUGGAAAACAACUGAUUCAAAACAAUCUGUUUGAAAUUGGAAUCCCGAAGCUAAAGAAGCUCUUCAGGAAACUGAAGGAUGAAAGAACUGAGCUAAAGGAAAUGGACACCAACCAAUCAAAGGACCCUCAGCAAUGGGAUCUUGACUACAUCUUGGAACCUUUCACUGGGCUGACUCCAGAAUACAUGGAAAUGAUUAUCCAGUUUGGCUUUGUCACACUCUUUGUUGCCUCCUUCCCUCUGGCACCUCUCUUUGCUCUUCUGAACAACAUCAUAGAAGUCCGGCUUGAUGCAAAAAAGUUUGUCACUGAACUGAGGAGGCCAGACACAGUAAGAGCAAAAGAUAUAGGAAUUUGGUAUAACAUUUUGAGUGGUAUUGGAAAGCUUUCAGUUAUCAUUAAUGCUUUUGUAAUUGCUGUCACAUCUGAUUUCAUUCCACGCCUUAUGUAUCAAUAUGCAUACAGUCAAAAUGGAACCAUGCAUGGCUUCAUCAAUCACACGCUCUCAUACUUCAAUGUCAGUCAUCUCAAGGCUGGAACACAGCCAGAAAACUCCCCGUUUGCACAGGAUGUUUUAUUCUGCAGGUUCAAAGACUACAGAGAACCACCUUGGUCCCCAAAUCAGUAUGAGUUUUCUAAACAGUACUGGGCGGUCUUAUCUGCUCGCUUGGCUUUUGUUAUUCUAUUUCAGAACUUGGUGAUGUUCCUCAGUGUUCUGGUUGACUGGAUGAUUCCUGACAUCCCCAAGGACAUCAGUGAACAGAUCAAAAAGGAGAAGAGCGUGCUUGUUGACUUCUUCCUGAAGGAGGAGCAUGAAAAACUGAAGCUGAUUGAAAGCUUUAUCGCACGUGACAAGCAGAAACACAAAAGUGGGACCAAAGGCGAAAGGAUUCGGGCUGCCAGCUUCUGUCAGUUUAACCGAAGUCAGAAAGGCAGCUUUGCCUCCUUUAGCUCACAGCACACAGAAGUGUGACUCCUUAGGGAAGGGUAACAUACCAUGCUUACCUCUGCAAUACCUGCUUACUGUGUGACAUGAUUCUGAACCUGGAGCAAGGGAGGGCGAGACGGUCAAGGAAGAGACAGGGAGCAAAAAGGCUUCUUUUGCUUCCUUAGGAACUCCAUAUGCAAGGGUCUCUCACAUUUUAUACACUCUAUCUGGGCUGCAGCAUUUUCAGACUUUCUCAGUGCAAGAUGAGGGCUCUAUCGUAGCUGUAGCUGGUCCUUGUGGUGCUGCAUGCGAGUUGGGUGGGCACGCAGGAACUCUCCUCGCUCGUGCAGCCUCCGCGGUAGGACGGCAACCGUCCCUCUUCGUGCAGACAGUGGGGCAUGGGGAAUAGAAAGGACAUUCCUGCUCUAGUAUCUCUCUUUCGGCAGAUCUGACCGACCGCGGCGGAGCGCGCACAACGCGUGGUCUCACGGCUUGUAGCUGCCGGUGGAUGGUUUAUAAACUUGGAGUCUCUGUGCCUUCCUAAUGUACACUCGGUGCUGUCUCUGUAGAGCAUGCAGGGCUGUUAAGGGCGCAGAGCUGUGGGAACAGAAGGAAUGAAAAAUCACUGAGCACUUUCAUCUACAGAUAUAUUGUGUUUUGCUUAGCAGGAGCUUGAAUGCAUGUGCUAAUGAGCAGAGAGGCCACAACAUAUACAUCAGAAUGAAGUAAAGCUGCUAGAACCAGGGAAGCUCAUUGUUAUUCAUUGUCCUGAACAAAAAAAAAAAACCCUGCAUGUUUGAGUCUCCUCUCACUUAGACUGGGAAUUCAGCCAGUAUCAAGAGGAAUCGCGACACUAAACCAACACCAGUGCGAAGCUGAUGAGUGAGAAUGGAAUCAAGCUCUGUAAAUCAUGUGGCAUUUUCAUGUACAUUGAGUGUAAAGUAACAAAAGUUGCUGCUGUUGUGCAUUUACUGUAAAGUAAAAUAAUUUGCAGAACCGCAUUUCAUUGGAAGAUAAACAUACUCACUAACCAAGCUUUAAUCUACAAGCAUUUAAUCAAUAACUUUAUUCUGUUAUGAAUGCAAAUAAAACUUUCUUAAAAAAUCUGUUACUGUAGAUUCUGUCUCUAACCUGACUUGAAAUUCAGAGUCUGGAUAAAAGAUUUUCUUCUUAUUCUGUCUUCUCAACAAUGCUUUCAAAACCAUCAAAAACAUAAACCAAAAGAAGUGCUUCAGUUUCAGAGACUGCAUACAAUAAGAUUGGUCUUUAACGUUAAAAUGGUAUUUUAUAAAUUUCUGAAGCCUAAGAAUUUCAUUGUUCUCUUAGAUGGAAAGAUUUUUUUUCUAUGAGAACUUUCGGUAAUUUCGUGAGAGAUGUGAAAAUAAUUGGAGUUUUUUUUCAUUCAGUGCCUAAACUAAAGAAAAUGAAAAUGGGAGAACUGUUUCAGGGUGGGCUGAAAUUAAGUUUCAUUUUAGAGUUUCAUUUUUUAAAUUUUAUUUAGGGUUAUUUACCCCUUCUAUAUAGCAGAUCAAAUUUGAAAUGAUAACGUCAACCUGAAUAAAAUUGCAAAUGUUUAACUUUGUUGAAAAAAAAGUCUGACGUC